UUCUCCACCCCGCCCGGCCUGGAAGCCGUGGCGUCUGCGCCUGCGCGUCAGCAACGUGGGCGGGUGCGCAUGCGUACGGCGCCACGCCUGCGCUUUUUCAGAGGCGGGAAGGGAGCGGCGGUUGCUGACUGAGCUGCUUCGGUAACGGUCGACUGAGGUUUAGUCAACCUCAUGUUGUAAAGUUGGAGUGCUAAAGAAAAAGUUAUAGACUUUGAUAUUGAAGGAAAUGAAGAGAAACCUAAAUGAAAAUUCAGCUCGAAGUACAGCAGGCUGUUUGCCUGUACCAUUGUUCAAUCAGAAAAAGAGAAAUAGACAGCCAUUAACAUCCAGUCCACUUAAAAAUGAUCCAGGUAUCAGUACUGCUUCUGACAGUUAUGAUUUCCCUCCUCUACCAACAGAUUGGGCCUGGGAAGCUAUGAAUCCAGAGUUGCCUCCUUUAAGGAAACCAGUGAACACAGGGCAAAUACCGCUUUCAGUUUCUCAUCCCCUGAGAAAUCAAGAUUCUGGGUCUAUAUCUAUUCAAUCAAAUGCUGAAAGAAGCAAGAGUGGUUGGAGCUACACAGAUGGCAACAAAAAUACCAGUUUAAAAACUUGGGAUAAAAGUGAUUUUAAGCCUCAUUUUAAAAGAACAAAUGUAAUGUCAGAUAGUGGAAUAAAUUCUUAUCCAAAGAAUUUGGGAGCUCAACGACAGAAACAAUUGAGAGUAUCUGAAUCUACUAACUUAUCUCACCAAAGAGAAAGUGAAUUACUCAGACAAAGACAUUCAUCAGAAAUAUCUGGCACCACAAUGAGAAGUCUAGACAAAAACAGUGCAUUACAGGCAUUUAAGCCCAGUUUGCAACAAAAUCAAUUUAAGAAAAAAACGUUGGAUGGUUUUCCGGAAGAAAAUGCCCUCAAGGAAGCCCCAUCAUACCAGUUAAAGCCUAAGGAAAAGGAUAAUUCUUUAAGAAUUAUAUCUGCAGUUAUUGAAAGCAUGAAGUAUUGGCGUGAACAUGCACAGAAAACUGUACUUCUUUUUGAAAUAUUAGCUGUUCUCGAUUCAGCUGUUACACCUGGCCCACAUUGCUCAAAGAAUUUUCUUAUGAGAGAUGGGAAAAGUACUCUGCCUUGUGUAUUCUACGAAAUAGAUCGUGAACUUCCAAGACUGAUUAGAGGCCGAGUUCAUAGGUGUGUUGGAAACUAUGACCAGAAAAUGAAUAUUUUCAAAUGUGUUUCUGUCAGACCAGCAUCUGUUUCUGAACAAAAAACUUUCCAAGCAUUUGUUAAAAUUGUAGAUACUGAAAUGAGAUAUUAUACUAAUGUAAUGAAUGAAAUUUAAGUAGUGACGAAGGCAGUUUAAAUAGUAUAAAUUGAAAGCAGCAUUUAUCUGUUAUUGUUUAAACUACUGUCUACAUGGUUCUAUGGCUACUGUUUUUCUGUAUUUCACUUGUUAAAUUAAAAUAUUUAAAUCAUUUUAA